UCCCACUCACAAAACUGCUAUGCCAAGCCGGUUGCGAACCUCUUAUGAUUCUGCGUCCCUGGCUUGUCUAAUUUUUGCUGAGGGACAUCUAGUUGUUUAAUUUCUGUGUUGUUUAUUUAAAAAGUAAACAGUAAAUGUAAAAUACAUUGGAAAAUUAUUAUGGACUCUGUGACCGAGGAUUGUGAAAAAAAUGUUUAUGCAUUGAUCUAAUCUAACAAUAUAUGUAUACACCAAGAAAACAAAACCAGUUCGAGUUUGUGUUUCUAUAGGUUAUAGAUUUGGAAUAUAUUUGCAAUUAGUGAAUACCUACAUACCAGAGAAACCUAUGUGUAAAAACUUUCAUGUUCUGCAAGUUACAAAUUAUUAAAAUAGGUGUAUGAGAAUCUGAACAACAUGUAUCGUACAGAUAAACAGUUUAUGACCAAUCCUGCGACUGCACCAUCUCGUGUAUACAUCGGUGGUCUUGCAAAAACUAUUGUUGCUGCAGAUUUAGAAGAAAAAUUUAAAAUACAUGGAAGAAUUUUGGGACUCGUGCUGCAAAUGGGAUUUGCAUUUAUUCAAUUUGAAAAUGAGGGUCAAGCUCAAGCUGCUAUUAAAAAUGAAAAUAACACAAUGCUUCAUGGAAGAAAAAUAUGUGUAAGACAGGCCCUCGACAAGAGUCAAAAGGGUGCAAACAAUCCAAACAAUCAAAAUAGGAGACAAGGUCUGGGUAUAAAUCAAGGACCCCCACAACAGUUACAAAUACAAAAUCAAGGGCAAGGACAAGCACAAGGGCCAAACCAAAACCAAGGUCCACCUGUUCCGCCUCCGCCUCAAGUUAACAAUAACCCUCCUUCAACUCAUAAUGAAUCGCAGCCUCCUCCAAAACAGUUUUCACAACUUACAGAAGAACUUCAAAAACCUGAACCAGAAAAAGAACCUUCAGUUGAACACCCUCCACCACAAGGCCCACCUAAUAUAGCCCCAAAGAAUUCACAACCAGUGGUAGAUGAUGUUCCCAAAAAUGAUGGACCUCCAGAGAAGAGGUCUCGGAAAAGACGAAUGAGAAGCAGAGACCGCUUUCAACAGCCUGUUGACAUGUACAGAGAUGAUUCAUACUACAGUCGAGAUGAUUAUGUUCCACCUUCAGCUAAUUACAGCAAUCGCCCCCCUGUGCUUGAUCAACCAGAUAGAAAUGAUUGUGAAAUCAUUGUGGUCUCAAAACUGCUUACUUUCAAAUUAAACCGUUGCAGAAAGUAUGCAGAAUAUAUUGAACAAAGACUUAAAGGGCUGGGACUUAUUGUUGAUUUGCUAUUUCCAAAUGAGGAUGUCCCUAUUGGUCGCGUUUUAGCCAAUAUUUCGAGUAGAGGUUGUUUAUAUGCUAUUUUGGUGAUGCCACAAAAUGAAGAACACAGAAGUUUAACUUUGAAUAUAUUGCACGGUAUCCCACAAGAGCACCGAAAUAUGCCCAUUGAAGAUGCUUUAGUAUUAAUCACCAGAAACUUUGAUGCUUACAUGCGGGGCGAUAAGACAGGAGUUGAAACUUUAGGACCAGGUGGAGUUCUAAAUGUAUCUGACAGACAUCCGACAUCAAUGCAGCUACUUCUGAACUUAUUGGCGGAAAACAGACAAAUCACAUCAGUCCAGUAUGAUCGUGUGUUGAAAUAUUUACAAGAAAGGCGUGAAGUUCAACAUCAACAUGAAGUAGAUGAAGGAGUUGAUCAGACAUCACAGGAAUCUAAUAGUAAACAGGCUGAAUUACAAAGUCGUAUAAUGAAUAUAUUAAAUAAAGCCUCAAAUGAUCAUCAGCCACCACCAGAGCCUCCACAGCCAUCUGAGGUUGCACCACCUCUAUUGAAAGAUCCAUCUGUUCAAAAAGCGCUAGAUAGUUUAUUAGGUGGUGAAAUGUUUAAAAACAUAAGUGUAGCAUUGUAACCUGAUAAAUUUCGUUUAUCGACUAUGUAGAUUUUUUUAUUUGCAGUAGUUUUGAAAUAUUAAUUAAAGUAAAUGUAUUAUUGAUUAAAAUAUUCAACAAGUGUAAUAAUAAACUGUGCACUAAA